AUGUCCGUGUCCCAAACCGAUUCUACCGUGACUGUCACUAUCGGCUCGUCCGAAGUCAAGAUCCUACGAUACGGAGCCACCGUCCUAUCGUGGACCAUUGACGGCAAGGAACAGCUGUGGCUGUCCGAGUCUGCCAAGCUCGAUGGCUCCAAGGCCGUGCGAGGAGGCAUUCCUCUUGUUUUCCCCGUUUUUGGCAAGUCCACCGAGGGCCCCACUUCGGCCCUUCCCCAGCAUGGCUUUGCACGAACCUCCACCUGGGAGUACCUUGGUCAGACUUCGGAGAAGCCCGUGGCUGCCAUCCAGUUUGGUCUGGGUCCUGAGAACCUGUCUGACGAGGCCAAGAAGCAGUGGGACUACAACUUCACUCUGAUUUACACCGUGACUAUCGACGACGCCAACAAGACUCUCGAGACCCGAAUGUCAGUGGAGAACGCUGAGCAGAACAAGCCCUUCGACUUCAACAUCCUCUUCCACACCUAUCUGCGAGUCCCCGAGAUUGCCAACGUCGAAGUGACUGGUCUGCAGGCCGUCCCCGUCAAGGAUAAGGUGACUGUUUCUUCCUACGUCGAGCAGGCCGCCAAGGUGACUGUAUCCGGAGAGGUCGAUCGAGUGUACGAAAAUGUGCCUGGAGCUGUCAAUGUCGAUGUCGAGAACAAACCCUACCUAACCGUCACUCGAGACAAUAUCAACGACGUGGUGGUGUGGAACCCCUGGACCGAGAAGGCCGAGGGUCUCGCUGAUUUCACCCCCAAGCAGGGCUUCCACCAUAUGAUCUGCAUCGAGGCAGGAGACGUGGCCAAGUGGCAGAAGCUGGCCGCUGGCGAUAAGUGGGAGGGUGGCCAGAAGAUCAAGGCUCAUUUGUAG